UCGCCAUCGCCAUUGCCAUUGGCAUGUGGUUGGUAGUGACGAAGGUGUUCAUGAGGAGGAUGUCAUGGCAUCAUCAUCAUCAUCAUCGGAAAUCGACGCAAGGGAUCCCACCUGGUAGCCUUGGGUUCCCUCUGAUCGGAGAAACUCUGGAUUUCUUGGCCGCCAACCGGAGCAACAAAGGACUCUACGAUUUCGUACAUACUCGCCGUCUCCGGUACGGGAGUAGUUGCUUCAAGACCAAUAUAUACAGAAGGACUCAUAUAUUCUUGUCGAGCAUAAAAUCAGCAAAGACAAUACUGAUGAGCAAAGAUGAAGUAAAUUUCAGUAAGAGAUACAUGAGAUCGAUUGCAGAGCUGGUGGGAAAGGAGAGUCUGCUCUGUGCUUCUCCUCAGGGACACCACCGAUUACUCCGAGGUCGUCUCUCUGCUUUGUUCACCACCAAUGUCGUCUCCCUCUUCGUCCAACGCUUUGACCAUCUCGUUCUCACCACUCUUUCUCAAUGGGAACACACCCCAACAGUCGUCGUGCUCCACGAUGCACUCUCGAUGACCUUUAAGGCUAUGUGUAAGAUGUUGAUGAAUUUGGAAGAUCCAGGUGAGGUUGAAACACUUCAGAAGGAUGUCGCUCAAGUUUGUGAGGCAAUGGUUGCAAUCCCCUUGAAGCUUCCUUAUACCAGAUUCUACAAAGGACUCAAGGCACGAAGAAGAAUAAUGGAGAGAUUGAGGAAGAUGAUUGAACAGAGAAGGAAAGGUUUGGAAGAACAUGAAGAUUUCAUACAAGCCCUAUUAGUGGGUGGGGAAGAAUCAACCUCAUCAGAUAAUGCAUCACCACUCACAGAUACACAAAUCCAAGACAAUAUCUUGACAAUGAUAAUUGCAGGUCAGGAUACCACAGCGAGUGCAAUGGCUUGGAUGGUCAAGUACUUGGAUGAGAACCAGGACGUUCAAGACAAACUCAGGGCUGAGCAACUCCAGUUAACUAGCAAAGCUACAUCCGGGUCUCUUCUUACAUUGGAAGAUUUGAAUGAAAUGCCAUAUGCAUCCAAGGUUGUGAAAGAAUCAUUAAGGAUGGCAUCGGUGGUAUCAUGGUUCCCAAGAGUGGCACUCAAUGACUGCGAAGUUGAAGGAUUUAAGAUCAAGAAGGGUUGGAUUGUUAACAUUGAUGCAAAAUCCAUACACUUAGAUCCAACGGUGUAUCAUGACCCAAACAAAUUCUAUCCUUCUAGAUUCGAUGAUGAAUCUAAACCAUACAGUUUUCUAGCUUUCGGAAUAGGGGGAAGGACAUGCCUGGGAACCAACCUUGCCAAAGCAAUGAUGCUUGUCUUCCUUCAUCGUCUUGUCACAACGUACAGGUGGAAGGUGAUAGAUCCGGACCCAAGUCUAGAGAAGUGGUCACUUUUUGCAAAACUCAGAAGUGGGUGCUCCGUGAGUGUGAUGCCGAUCGAUUGCAUCACCUGA